UUGCAGUUCCUCGGAUCCACCUCCUGCUGCCAGGAGAUGAUCCGCGGGACUUCAUCUUCCAGGGAGCUGAGCGCGCGGAGCGCCACGGCGAAGCCUCGCGAGCAAGCGCGUCUCUGGAGCCGCCAGCGCGGAUCUCACAGCCAUCUGGAUGCAGCUUUCCCUGCGCUCCACACGUUUAUGGGUCGAGGGUUUUAAUUGAGGUCAAGCAUCACGGCGUCGUGCUUUCAGUCGCCAGCGAGCGCUGCUUCCAAUGUUUACUUCUCUGGCAUGUCUUCUCCAGCCAGGGGGAAGUAAAGCUGAACAACAGAGGAGACAUUUCUCUCGUUUAUUUAUUUAUUUUUUUAGAAAAAGCCGUAGUAGAGGGACCCUUUUUUCCCCCCAUCCGCUGUACGGAAUAUGCACUAGCUAGUUUGAACUGUUAGUCCCCUGGUGAGGCUUUUGUCGACAACUGCGGCUCCUCUUCGGCUCCAUGAUGGCGAUGUUUCGGAGCUUUGUGUCGGCGAGCACCCAGUUUCGUCAGCAGCAGCAGCAGCAGUCCAGCAGCGGCUCCGGCCCGCUAGCAGCCCCCCCUGAGGCCGUAGAGAGCCAGUUCUCCUGUCCCAUCUGCUUAGAGGUUUACCACAAACCCGUCAGCAUCGCCAGCUGCGGACACACGUUCUGUGGGGAAUGUCUGCAGCCAUGUCUUCAGGUGGCCUCGCCCCUCUGCCCUCUUUGUCGUGUGCCCUUUGACCCCAAAAAAGUGGAGCGCUCCUCCAAUGUGGAGAAACAGUUGGCCUCCUACAAAGCCCCCUGCAGAGGCUGCAGCAAAAAGGUGUCUCUGGUAAAGAUGAGGUCCCACAUUUCCUCGUGUUCCAAAGUACAAGAGCAGAUAGCCAACUGUCCCAAGUUUGUCCCUGUGGUCCCCACAUCCCAACCUAUACCAAGCAAUAUUCCAAACCGGUCGACAUUCGUAUGCCCGUUCUGUGGGGCCAGAAACUUGGACCAGCAGGAACUGGUGAAGCACUGUAUGGAAAACCACCGCAAUGAUCCCAACAAAGUGGUGUGCCCAGUGUGUUCAGCCAUGCCAUGGGGAGACCCCACCUAUAAGAGCUCCAACUUUCUGCAGCAUCUUCUUCACAGACAUAAGUUCUCAUACGACACCUUUGUUGAUUACAGUAUUGAUGAAGAGGCAGCGCUUCAGGCGGCUCUGGCCCUGUCACUGGCUGAAAACUGACAUCAGACCCCGCUCUGUCCUCUCCACUCCUCUGCUGUUCUUCCACGGCAGAGCACUUUCAUUUUAUUCCAAAACAAAAGCAGCGUGACCAAUCCGAUCCUCACUGCACCAUAUGAAUUGAGCGUUUUUGAGGACGGGCUGGACCGCAGGUCCGGAGUGGAUCCAAUUACCACCCAGGAAAAACUCAGACACCUUGACCGUUGCAAGCCCCCCCAUCUACGGUUUGGAAAGCAGUUCAUCAGAUCCCCUUUGGGCCACUGCAGCGUGAAGGGCUACCUCCUC